AUGUGCGCGGCCACCAGCAAGAUACGCGAUUUAACGCUAGAACACUUCGCGCAGCAGCUGCAUCCAUCCGGCUGUCGAUCCGGGCUUGCCAGUAGCGGUACGGCCAACAGCCGAGAAGGAUCGAAAUAUUUGGAACAGUGCACAAGUCGCGGUUCGCACACACCGUCACCGACCCUGUUUAACUCUCUUCUACUCUCGCAGCAUUUCCGUGUACUGUCCUACAUCAUCGGUUGCGCAUUCGCAUUUACCGCCCUCUGUCCGCUUGCCGAAGGUGGCAAGAUACUGUUCCUGGUGCCCUUCCCAGCUCCAUCCCAUUGGCUAUGGAUAGAACAUUUCGUAAAGGAAUUGCUUUCCCGAGGGCACGAAGUAACGGCCAUCACUAACUUCGCCAUGAAGGAACCACAUCGAAACUAUACCGAAGUACUGAUCGAUCCACCAUAUGACAUACCGUACUACUUUCCCGUGUCGGACAUAUACGAAUCGAAGUACAACAGUGAUCUGAACAAUCUGUUCCUUUACUGGCGGGUGGGCCUCUCGACGACGCAGUACGCACUGGAGAACGAAAACGUACAACAGUUUAUCGAGCAGGAUGAUACCGACUUCGACGUGAUCAUCUCGGAGCAAUUCUACCAGGAGGCAUUCUUAAUGUUUGCCCACAAGUAUCGGGCACCGAUUGUGACACUUUGUACUCUGGGUCACGCUAAUCAUAUUGAUCAAGCUAUGGGGCUCGUCACGCCAUGGUCAUUUGUACCGCAUCCGGUGCUACUGCUAUCCGACGAUAUGACGUUCUCCCAGCGUUGUUACAACUUUUGGAUCUCGCUUGUUGAUCUGCUGAUCCGUCAAUUCUACUACAUCCCGCAACAGAACAAGUUGGCCCAGAUACAUUUUGCGCGGAUUGAAGGUCCUGAGCUGAUGCCCUCGAUUCAAGAUCUGGAGAAAUCCAUCUCCGCCAUAUUGGUAAACAGUCACCUUUCGACGUCACCACCACGUCCCACCAUUCCGGGUUUGGUAAAUGUGGCCGGAGCACAUAUCAAGCCCGCAAAAGAGCUACCCGAGGACAUUAAGAAGUUUCUCGACGGUGCCAAGGAGGGCGUCAUAUUCUUCAGCCUCGGCUCGUACAUGAAAAGUGCGGACAUGCCGAAAGAUAAAAUGAAGGCGUUUCUGGAGGUGUUCCGGAAUCUGAAGCAGCGAGUGCUGUGGAAGUACGAAAACGAAGACAUUGCGCGGUUGCCGAAGAAUGUGAUGGUACGCAAAUGGUUACCGCAGAGCGACAUCCUCGCCCAUCCGAAGGUCGUGCUAUUCAUCACGCACGGUGGCAUGUUUGGCAGCCAGGAAGGCAUCUACCGUGGUGUCCCGAUGCUGUACAUACCGUUCUACGGCGAUCAGCAUCGUAAUGCGCUAAAGGCGGAACAGGCCGGUUAUGCGUUAACGUUGAACUUUGCGGAAGUGAACGUCAUAACGCUUGGGUCGCGCAUCAACGAACUGCUCACCAACCCUACGUUCAUGAAGCAGGCUAAACGAGCGUCGGACCUUUUCCGGGACAAUGUGGUACCGCCGAUGCAGGAAGCGAUGCACUGGAUCGAGUACGUGAUAAGGCACAAGGGUGCCAAGCAUCUGAAAACCAAAGCCAUCGAACUAUCCUGGCCACAGUACCUGAUGCUUGAUGUGGUUGGGUUCGUUACGCUAGCGUUCCUACUACUGGCGGCCAUAUUUUACAAGGUGGUCGGCCUCUUCCUAACGCCACCAAAGCCGAAAGCAAAACCAAAGACUCGCGACACAAUGCUCGGGAUGCGAAAGCCGAAGCUGAACUAA